AUGCGUGACUUUUCCCCUCCUAUACCACGUAUCAUACGCCAUGAACCACGAAUCUCACCUGCCAUACCCAAAAGCGCCAACCCCUACUCCAUUCUACCAGCCCUAUGCAGCUCCACCCACCUCCUCCAUCCCCUCCGGCACCGGCCCCCUAAUCCUCCCCCCCAAAACCUCAUCAACACCAUCAUCUCCCCCCUACUCCUCGGCAUCCCAUCCCCACCCCUCUCCCACAUCACAUACUCCACCGCCCCAAACCUCUCCUUGACCUCCCUCAGCACCCCCGCCGUAACCACCGUCCCGCUACUCCCCCCACACACCAACACCGGCGUCCUCGCCUUCCCCUCCCCGAUGGUAAGAGAACUCACAUACCCCCUCACCUCCCCCAUCGCGCUCUUCGAGCCCGCUAUCCCGGUUCCUAUCGCUAUCACCCCGCCAAACUCAACUCCAGGCCACGCCUCCACCACCGCCAGCGCAGCCAUCCCUCCCUGCCCAUAGCCGAGAAAAUGUACAUCCCGCGCCACGAACCCGCACUCCCCAAGCAGCACACCCAACAAGUCCCCCAGCGGCCGCGCAGCCGUCGAAAACCCAGCGUCGAAAUCUAACGCCCCCGUCCGCGAAUCCAGCGACAGAUCAUCGCCCCAGUGGAAGCCCGUCUGGUCCGUCCCCGUCAUGAGAGCGGGGAUAGGCGACGGUGCACGCAGCGAUAUGCAUGCUGCAUGAGGGAGGGAGAGCUGGGAAGCGAGGUUAUGGAAAGGGGCGUUUGUGUCGCCCAGGCCGUGGAGGAGGAUGAGGACUGAGCGUGGCGGGGUGGGGGUGGGGGUGGGUUCCGGUGGCGGGGUGAUGAGGAGGGAGGAUGCGAGGGAGGGGUGGGAGGCGAAGUGGGAGGGUGUUGGCAGGGUCGGCAUGUUGAUUUUUGCGAGGCUCAGGGCUCCUGAGUGAGCUGGGAAUGGAGUGGAUGAAAGA